AUGCUUCACUCUCCCCUGAAAACAGCCCUGGCUUAUGAGUGUUUUCAAGACCAGGCCAGCUCUACAUUGGCCUUGCCCUCGGAUCACAAGCUGAAAACUAGAGGCACAGGAAAACAGAGGGUCCAGGAGCAGGUGAUGAUGACGGUGAAACGGCAGAAGCAAAAGUCCUCUCAGUCGUCGACCCUUGGGCACUCCAACCGAGGUUCCAUGUAUGAUGGUUUGGCUGAUGGCGUCAACUAUGGGACUGCCCGGGGCAGCUAUUAUGCCAAAGCCCAGACAGGAAACAGCAACUGGGGGUAUCCGAUGUACAACGGGACCCUUAAAAGAGAGACCGACAACCGACGCUUCAGCUCUUACAGUCAGAUGGAGGGCUGGGGCAGCCGGCACCACAGCAAAGCCGUCUGCAGCCCCACCAGCCCCGGCGGCAACUACUGCCUGAAGAGCAGCCGGAGUGAGCCUGACCUGUGCUGCGAGCCUCCCCGGGGCACGCUCAGGAGAAACCAGGCAGUGCAAAAGGCAACCCUGAACCGCCAGAGCAUGUACAGCACCUGCAGCACCCACCAUGGGACCACUAGGAAACCCCUCCCGGAUCGCAACCUCUCCUGCCCUUCGGGCAACAAGCUGGACGCGUUGUACGCCCAGCCCGUGACGAGCGGCAGGCAGGACGGGGUGUAUGGGCAUUCUAUGUCCAGCUCCAGAAUAUGCAAUGAUGAGUUGGACAGCGUGGCAAUGACCAUCCAGAAAGCCAUACAGCUCCUGUGCUCCUCGGAUGAGAAAUCUCAAGCCAUGGGUGCGUACUACCUCCAGCACACCUGCUUCCAGGAUGAAUCUGCCAAGCAAGAGGUCUACCGGCUGGGUGGAAUUGGCAAGCUAAUAGAACUCCUCCGCAGCCCAAACCAAAAUGUCCAGCAGGCUGCAGCUGGGGCUCUUAGAAACCUGGUCUUCAGAAAUCCUGCCAACAAGUUAGAAACCCGACGGCAGAAUGGGAUAAGAGAGUGUGUGAGCCUCCUAAGGAGAACUCCGAACACUGAAAUACAGAAACAGCUGACAGGGCUGCUGUGGAACCUGUCCUCCACUGAUGAGCUGAAAGAAGAUUUGAUACACGAAGCCCUCCCUGUCUUGACAGAUUGUGUUAUCAUCCCUUUCUCGGGCUGGUCUGAUGGGGUCAGUAAUAGGACAAGAGAAAUUGUUGACCCCGAGGUGUUCUUCAAUGCUACAGGCUGUUUGAGAAACCUGAGUUCUGCAGAUGCUGGACGUCACACCAUGAGAAACUACCCUGGCCUGAUUGACUCAGUCAUGACUUAUACCCAGAAUUGUGUGGCUGCUAGCCGGCCUGAUGACAAGUCUGUGGAGAACUGCAUCUGUAUCCUGCACAAUCUGUCCUACCGCCUGGAUGCCGAGGUGCCCAAUAAAUACACCCAGCUCAACCACGUGACCAGGAAUGCCUAUGUGGACAAGACCCUCACAGGCUGCUUCAACAGCAGGAGUGGGAAGCUGGAGAGCGAUGAGUAUGUUCUACCCAUUCCCGAUGAGGAGUACAAACCCAGAGGGCCCAGCUGGCUCUACCAUUCUGAUGCCAUCCGCACAUACCUGAACCUGAUGGACCAGAGCAAGAAAGAUGCCACCCUCGAGGCCUGUGCUGGGGCCCUGCAGAACCUCACUGCAAGCAGAGGACUGAUGUCUAAUGCAAUGAGCCAGCUGAUUGGCUUAAAGGAGAAGGGUUUGCCUCGUAUAGCACGGCUCCUCCAAUCCAGUAACAGUGAAGUUGUCCGAUCUGGGGCUUCCUUGCUGAGCAACAUGUCCCGGCAUCCUAUUCUCCACAAAACCAUGGCUCCCCAGGUGCUUCCAGAUGUGUCCCGUCUCCUGGCCUUCCAGUCCGGGAACAACAGCAACUUUGGAGAUAUUAUGUCCUCUGCUUGCUACACCAUGCGGAACCUAAUCAUGUCCAACCCACAGAUGGCCAAGCCUUACUUGACGAGCAGCAUGCUAAAUAAUGUAGUAAACCUGUGCCGAAAUGGCUCCUGUCCAAAAGCAGCUGAAGCCGCUCGCCUCCUGCUGGGUGAUCUGUGGUCACACAGGGAGCUCCAGGGCAUUCUCAAACAGCAAGGAUUUGAUAAGAACAUGUUGGGAUCCUUAACCGGGAGCACUUUCAGGACCCUGUCUUCCAGAUUCUAAGAAGAGACCUUCAGUACAGGUUCAGCCUGCAGAGUUUAUCGUUGGUUCGUGUCUGGAAUGACUUAAUCCUCAAGGGAUUAGUUAGGACAUUACAGAUAUACAGUGUUUAUAGAGUUAAUCCCAACUGUAAAGCAAACUAAGUAUACAAUUUUUUGUGGUUGAUACAGAUAUUUGAAAGCAUUUUGGGGGGAGGGUGGGGAGAGGAGGAAUUUGAGUUUAAAGUUUCCGGAUGUCAAUAACCUUUUUUCAAAUUGCGUGUGUGUGUAGAGACACAGACACACACAAAGUGGGAUUUUCCAAAGAUACACCUAAAACAAUUAAUCCUGCAGUUUCCACUGAAAGCCAAUGGGUGUCGUGCACCUUCACCCCCUUAGGCACUUAUGAAAAUCCCACCAUAUAGAUGUGUGUGUAUGUAUAUAUGCACUAAACACAACUGUACCAACCCAUGUCAUAACCCAUUCUUAUGCAAAUAUGUAAAACUACUAACUAUAUGCUAUGUGUUUAUUUCAUUGUAGAUGGCCACUGUAGACAGAUACAAACCAUAGUGUUUUAGAUGGCUGGUUAUUUCUAAACUUGGUGGACAUGGACUUCUUUCUGCUUUCGACUCUUUGUCAAGUCAGCUUUCAUAUUCAGAGACAAGUAUUUUCUCUCAUAGGUUACAUGGUUUCUAAAUCUCAAGAAGCAAAUUCAUGUCUGAGCAAUCUCACUGGAAGCAGGGCCUCAGAAAAUCUUCUCAUAAGCUGGAUGUUACUGUACAUUAGUCACAGAUAGUCUAGAGCAUGGAAGCUGCUGAGGCUACAAACCAUUUAAGACACCACAGUUAAACAUAAGACACGUAUCUUACUAAAUGCCUCCAUUGCUUUCCUAAUAAUGCUGUAACUGGAAAAGCUUGGCAUUAGAUAGGCUCAGCUCGACAAAGGGACAUGACAUUGUUUCCCAGGGACGUAGUGCACACUAAAUGGGGAUAAAAGGCAAAGAAAAACAGCUGUUUUAUCACUGUUGGAAAUAGUAAUAGGAGUAGUUGAGUGGUUAAAGAAGUUAGAGAGCUCUUUAAGGAAGGACAGUCUGGAAUACUUUCUGGUCCCAGAUGCUAUCCAGUUCAUCCUGUAUGUGGUAGAAAAGACCUAAAUUUCUUCUUAAUCAGUCAGUUUCUUCUAUGACAUUAACAGGAUGAAACUGAUGGCUCUGUCUUGCUCUUUUGAAAAAGCCCACACUAUCUCCAGUGCUGUUGAGCGAACAUGUGUUUGGGGAAAGGGAUAGGAUCAGCUGUGUGAAUGGAAUACGUUUGCAGAAGGCCUGUGCUAGGUGUCCUGCAUGUGAUACCGUUGCUUAGCACAAGCAAGUCAUUCUACAGAUUCCAGGGCUCGCUGGAGCUCCCGGAAAGAAAUCAUUAAGGGAGUGAGUGAGAGAAGGAAAAUAAUGCAAGUGUUUUGUUGGGAGGCAAAAGUCUAGGGUCAGCACCUCAGCUGGGGCAAUGCAGCAUAGCUCCGUUAUUGGCAGUGGAAUUUUGUCAGUUUAUAGCAGCUGGGAUCUGGCUCACUGAGUUUAGGUUGGGCCUCCUAUGCCUAUUUUCUAGGUCUGAGCAAAGGGGCAGAACUUGCACCCUUGUGGAGUAGAAUUGGCGGGAGGGUCUCCAGCCAGGGUAAAAAGGCAAGAAGAAAAUG